CCGGCUGAUAAAUAACAAUAAAAACAGAGACGCAGCCUCUGUCUGUGUCCACAGUUUCUUUAUAUGGUAAUUAUUCUAAACAGGGAGUUAAAUGAUUUUUUUUACACUUUAAUUGCGAAAGUUGCGUGUUUUUAAAAAUCGUUUCAAUAGCGAUGUUGCUAGCAUAGCCGUCACCUGCUUACCUUUAGUGCUCCUACUAUUCGGUCCGUCUCUGCUUCACGGCGGGACGAAGUCAGCCUUCGGUCCCGGUAAAUAGCUGGUUCAGCUGGUCUUAGCGGUAGUAAUACCAAGAGAAAGAUGUCGUCUGCUGCAGCUACCGAUCGCUUCAUGUAUUUCGCAUUUGGAAGUAACUUGUUGAGGGAGAGACUGCAGCUGGCGAACCCCUCAGCGACAUUCUGCACCACGGGACGGCUCAAGGACUAUGUGCUGAACUUUGGCCUGUGGGAGAGACAUGUGGACAAUGCAUGGCACGGCGGAGUGGCCACCAUCGAGUUCUGUCCAGGCGCAGAAGUGUGGGGGGUGAUCUGGACAGUGAGCAACGAAAACCUCACGAGCCUGGACAAUGGGUUUUUCUGUGUCUUUAGCCAGGAAGGGGUGAGUCAGGGACAGUAUUCUCCCCUGGAGGUCUCAGUGGAGACUGAUGAAGGACUGAUGCUCUGCAGGACGUAUCAGAUGAACAACUUCCAUGCCUGUCCUCCUUCUCCUCAGUACAAACAGGUGGUGUGUCUGGGUGCGGAGCAGAAUGGCCUCCCAGACGAGUACCUGAAGAGGCUGGAGGCCAUCGAAACCAACACCUACAGCGGCCCCUCAAUCCUCGAUCAGAUCAAAUCAGUCAUGAAGUAGACGUUGCAUUUUAGUUACUGGGUCUUGAACUUGAAAUUGACAGUUGACGAAAAGAUAUUAGCUGUUCUGAGAACAUGAAGAAUGGGACAAAGUAGAGAAUCGCUUAUGAGCUGGAGAUGUGGUGACAAAGAAGUUUGAUCAAAAAAAAAUCUCAACAUCUUCAGCUUAGUAGAGUUUAGGUCUUCAACUGCAUCUCUGCCUUCUCUAUUACCUUAAUCAUGCUAGAGUGCCAUGCAGAUGUUUCUGUUACUGUAAAUAACUCAGCACGGAAAAGAGGCCCUAAUUUCCAGAUGGCACAAAGUUACAGAUGAUGUGUUUCUAAAUUAUUUUAAGGAACUUUCAUUUUCCUAUUUUUUAGUUUGAAAUUGAGGAAAAGGGCCCAAAUUACGUAUGCAUCAUACAUGGCCAGUACUCAGCAGCAGCUCUGGUGGAAGUAUCACAGCUUGUAUAAACACUUUUUUCUCUAGUCAUUUACAGCUUGUUUGGCAGAUUUAUUCUCAUUUCUCUUGCAAGAAUGAGCAAAUAUGUGCCAAACAAGCACUCCUCCUCCUGGUUCUGUGAGAUUCUGGGCUGCCUCGCAUCUUUUGAGUUGCAGCCACAGAUUCUUCAUUUCAUUUGGGUUCAUUUCUGGGGACUGUGAAGACUACUGACAAGUCUUAAGGUAGUCCAUAGUAGAUUCUGAGGUGUGUUUGGAUUAUUACCCUCAUCGUAUUGUUUGCUUCUAGAGUUUGCUGCUGCUUUAACUAUUUCUAUUUCAGCGUCAGGACUUUUUACAAAAUGCAUCAGGCUUCUUUAGAUGCUCAUUUGCAAAACAAGACAGGUUUUCUUCUGAUGACUCUUCAGUGAAGCUCAUAUUUGUGUAGGUGUUGCUGCACAGCUGUCUGAUAGAUCUUCCUGUGUUUUGAUUUGCCUUUCUAAUAAUCAUACAAGCAAUUCUCUCUGAAAGUUUUCUCAGCCUUCUGACUUCCUCUGGACCUCCACUCAUCUGAUCAGCUGCUAUUUCUGGAUUACAUAAUGAAAGCUCCUUCUUGUAGCAUUCUCCUGCUUUUUGAGCAUCGAUUAUUUUAAUUUUUAGAGUGCUGUUGGGAUACGGUUGCUUUGAAAUGCUGAUCCUGAACAAACCAUAACAAGCUAAUUAAGGGUGAGGGUUUUCUAAGAGGGCUGCACAGUGGACUAGUGGUUACCACUCUUGCCUUGCAGCAAAAAGAUCCCCGGUUCAAAUCCUGGGGUGGGCCUGGGAUCUUUCUGCAUGGAGUUUGCAUGUUCUCUCUGUGCAUGCGUGGGUUCUCCAGGCACUCUGGAUUCCUCCCACAGUCCAAAAAUUUGCUAAGGUUAACUGGUUACUCUAAAUUGCCCAUAGGUGUGAAUGUGUGAUUGUUUGUCUGUAUAUGUAGCCCUGUGACAGACUGGUGACCUGUCCAGGGUGUCCCCUGCCUUCGCCCGAGUCAGCUGGGAUAGACUCCAGCACCGCCCACGACCCUAGUGAGGAUAAAGCGGUGUAUAGAGAAUGGAUGGAUGGUUUUCUAAGAGCCUGAAUCUCUUUGGAUGCAUUAACAUUUGCGUGGUGCUCAUUUCUUUUAUUUUUUCCACUUUAGAAUUGAUAAAAUACAGCACUAAACAUGUUUAAACUGUUGAAGACACUGCUUCCUAUUUGUGGCUUUUGGAGAUCAGUUCUUUUUCUAUUCACAUUGCUGUUCACAGAAGGAAAUCUUUUGACUCUCAUGUCGCUCUAUAUCUAAUUUCAAUCAUAGUUUAAUAAUGAGAAUAUGUAACGGUGAUGAAGACAGUCAGAUGUGGUUAACAAAAAAAUCUAUCGAGUGGACUUUGUGAUGAGAUCUUUUGCAAAUCAACUUUGUUCUUGUAGACCGAUAUUCAGUUCUGAAGCAGAGCUGGCACCACUGUGUGGCCACAACUUGAUAAUACAUGCAUUUAAUAAGGAGACGUUUGGCUGGGCCCAACACCUUGUCUUAAUUAUUACCGAGUAAUUAAACUCUGUUGACAAAUGUAUUUAAUUUACAGAUGUGCCAGGCAGAAAAAUGUUUAAUUGCAGUAUUUCUCAGGGGAAUAUUAAAUGCCGAUGACACACUCAA